AUGUCAAAUACUACUGAGAAAGGCAAAUCUCGUGCAGAUGAUAUCAACACAAAUGUAUCACCCUAUUUGAUGAAAUUUAUGAGCAAUCCUACUGAUUUCUCAGGUGAUAUCCGUCGAACUAAUCCUAUGACUUGGAUUAAGAAGAUGGAAAGAAUCAAGAAUUUUGGACGUCUUGAUGAUGAAAACAUGCUUAUCAUUGCUGUUGACCAUUUGGUUGAUCAAGCAAGUUGUUGGUUCAACGUUACUCACCCUGAUCCUGAAAAGUUAACUUGGAAUGAAUUCAAGACCUCAUUUAUGGCCAAAUACUGUAGUGGUCGUAUGGAAGUUUGGUGGGAAGAAAUCAAUUCCAUGAAGCAAAAGCCGGACGAAACUGUUGAAGACAUCGAAAUCAGAAUGCGUGAACUUUAUCAAUUGGCCAUCAAGUUUGAAAGAUUCUUGAAGAAAUACCAGAACAAGGGGCUCGUCGCUAUUCCCAAAAAGAUGUCAAGCAAUGCCAGUGAAGUUAGCUACAAUCCUUAUGCUCAAGUUGAUAAUUAUGAACAAAUGACAAAUCAAUCUACCUACUCUGAUCCUAUGAGUGAAUUGAUUCGUGAAUUUAGGGAAAUGAAAGUUAGCUUACUCAAGGCUACUAACUCUGCAAUCUCUGGCACAAACAACUACAACAAGCUCACUAAUAACAAUAAUGGCAAAAAACCAUGGGCGUGCUUUUAUUGCAAAGAAGAAGGUCAUCGUAAAGCUGAUUGCCCUAAAUUCAAGAAGGAUACUCAAGAAGGCAAGAGCACGUCAGUAAAAACUGAGGGUUCUGACGUGCAUUCCCAAAUAAAUCCCUCUGACUCUGCCCACGUACAUUACAUUGACUCCAUUCCUCAAAUGCCUGUAUUGAGUGCCACACAGAAAAAAAGAAGAAUUGGUCCUGAAGGUGUAGAGAACCAAGCCGAAAUCAUUGCAAAUUCUGUUCCUACACAAGCUUCAUCUUCCAAUACUACUUUUGUCCACAAAUUACCUCAAGCAAUUCCGAUUCCUGCAAAUGUUAAUUACAGCCAAGGUCCUCAGACAAUUCAUCCAAAUGGACCAACACAAAAUGUUCAAAACCCAGGUUUUCAGGGACAACAAACCGUUGUGCCAGUACCUCAAGUACAACCACCAGUAGUUCAAGCUUCUCAGACCAUUCAAACCAAAGGUAAAGGAAAGAUCCAAAGAAAGAGAAAGCCUGCUCGUUAUGUCAAGUUGCAAAAGACUGCAAGAAAAAUAUUGGCAGCCUUGGGCGAAACUAAUGCUGGACUUUCUGUGCUUGAUUGGAUGAUGCUCGAUCGCGAAGCUCAAAGUGAUGUUAUAGCUGCAUUACGUAGCAUGAGAGCCACCAAAAAGAAGAAAUCCGCCUUGAAUUUGAUAUCUGAACCUGGAACUGCUACAACUCCUAUGGAAAUCCAUAAUACCAAAGGUGCAAUGAACUGGAGUACCCUAGGUGAAGAUGGAAGUGAUAACGAAAAGGGCCAAGACCUAUCAAAGAAAGAAAAAGAAUGGGACACAAAUUCCAGUGACUUUGAUUCUGACCUUAGUUCUGAUUGGGACACCUCUGAUGAAGAUGACACUGAUAUAGAAAGCACUGUAACCAGUACUUUACCGUAUGAUUUUAAUAUAAAUCAUGUCAGAACAAGUGCUCCUCUUCGCGCUCCAGUGCUCAUCAAUGGUCAACUCGUUGAAUGUAUCUUUGAUACAGGGGCUGGUGUUAGUGUCAUAAGUGAAGGUCUAGCUGCUAGGUUGAAUAUCAAACCCACACAUAGUGAUGAAAUGGUUUUAGUCUCUUUUGACGACAAGAAGCAUCGUGUACCUGCAAGAGUAAGCGCAAAUGUACCCAUCAAUGUCGCUGGCCACAUCCGAAGUGAACAUUUCUGGAUACAACCACAAAACAGUGCAAAAACCUCUGACUUCUGCAUAAUUGGUACAACUUGGUUCAAACAGUAUAAAGUAACAAUCAGGAUGCAUGACAAUACUAUUUGCAUUCCAGUUGGUGAUGGUCGUAUUGUUGAAUUACAAGGAACCUCUGAUCGUGACUUCUUACGAACAAACAAUGAUGUAGCUGAGGUCUAUGCUGUUACUGUCUCUGGCAACUUAGAUAUGGAGAAUGUCAAUCAUGUAAAUGGCACGGUUGAAGUUAAGAGCUAUGCACAAGACAUCAUUGAUGAAGAUGUCGAAAUCCAACAAUUGUUAACUUUUGAACACAUCUCUGAUCCUGAAAUAAAGAACAUUUUGAUCCAGUAUGAAAGCGUUUUUGUUGAAGUGAGUGGGCCUGGUUUGGUGAACUUUCUCGAACAUGAAAUCCCUUUGAAUGAGGAAAACCCCACUCCUAUCCGAAGAAUGCAAGGAAUAUACUGGUUUUGUAACAUUGCAUGGAUGCUAUGA